UCUCUCUCUCUCUCUCUCUCUCCGGUCACUGUAAGGAUUUCCCUGCUUCAAUUCGAUGGGGAUUCCCACAGACAGCGAUGGAUUUACGGGCGUAGAUUCGGACCUGAAUCAAGGUCCGAGGAAAGCGAGGCUGUUCAUCAAGGAAAUGGUGAUGAAGAAUUUCAAAUCUUAUGCUGGUGAGCAGAGGGUCGGCCCUUUUCAUAAGAGUUUUUCGGCGGUAGUGGGUCCGAAUGGAAGUGGUAAAAGCAAUGUCAUAGAUGCAAUGCUCUUUGUAUUUGGGAAAAGAGCUAAGCAGAUGCGCCUGAAUAAAGUUUCAGAGUUGAUACACAAUUCUACCAAUCACCAAAACUUGGACAGUGCAGGCGUUUCUGUUCACUUUCAGGAGAUAAUUGAUAUGGAUGAUGGAACGUAUGAAGCUCUUGCAGGAAGUGACUUUGUCAUUACUAGAGUUGCAUUUCGAGACAAUUCUUCAAAGUACUACAUAAAUGACCGUGGAAGUAAUUUUACAGAGGUCACUAAGAAAUUGAAAGGAAAAGGAGUGGACUUGGAUAACAAUCGGUUUUUGAUUCUUCAGGGUGAAGUUGAGCAAAUUUCUCUAAUGAAGCCGAAGGCUCAAUGGCCUCACAAUGAAGGUUUUCUUGAGUUUCUGGAGGAAAUCAUUGGAACUAACCAAUACAUUGAAAAGAUUGAAGAAUCCAAUAAGGAGUUGGAAUCCCUUAACGAGAAAAGAUCUGGGGUGGUGCAAAUGGUUAAGUUAGCAGAGAAAGAAAGAGAUAGCUUGGAGAGUGUCAAGAAUGAGGCGGAGGCAUAUAUGCUGAAGGAACUGUCACUCUUGAAAUGGCAGGAGAAAGCCACUAAAUUGGCUUCUGAAGAUGCUGCUUCCCAUGUUGCUGAACUGCAAGUGAAUGUUUCUAGCUUAGAAGCAAAUCUCAAGGAUGAAAGGGAGAAGAUUAGGCAAAAUACAAAAACAUUGACGGAUCUUGAGGCAGUACACAAAAAGUAUAUGAAGAGGCAAGAGGAACUUGAUAAUGACCUUAGAACCUGUAAAGAUGAAUUUAAAGAGUUUGAAAGGCAGGAUGUGAAAUAUCGCGAGGAUUUUAAGCACAUGAAGCAACAAAUCAAGAAAUUAGAAGACAAGCAGGAAAAGGAUUUGUCCAAGAUUGAAGAAAUUGUAAAGCAGAAUGAGGAAUCAACAAAUCUUAUUCCAAAACUUGAAGGAGAGGUACCCAAACUACAACAGCUUCUGUUGAAUGAAGAAAAAGUCUUAGAGGAUAUUAAAGAGCACUCAAAAGAAGAAACUGAGAGGUAUCGAUCUGAGCUAGCAGAGGUCCGUGCAGAGCUGGAACCAUGGGAAAAACAACUGAUUGAGCAUAAAGGAAAACUUGAUGUUGCAUGUAAUGAAAGAAAGAUUUUAGAAAAAAAGCAUGAAUCUGGUCGGGCAGCUUUUGAGGAUGCACAACAGCAGAUGAGUGAUAUAGUGUAUAAAAUUGAAGCAAAGAAUGCAGGCAUCAAAAAGCUUCAGAGUUUUUUGGAGGAACAGAAGAAUGAAACAUUAGAAGCUCAUAAAGUGGAGCAGGAAUGCAUUAACAAGCAAGAUGCUCUUAUUCCUCUUGAACAAGCUUCUAGACAAAAGGUCACAGAGCUUCUGUCAGUUUUGGAAAUGGAAAAGAGUCAAGGGUCUGUACUAAAAGCAGUAUUGCAAGCUAAAGAAUCGAAGCAAAUAGAGGGGAUUUAUGGUCGUUUAGGGGACCUUGGUGCCAUUGAUGCAAAAUAUGAUGUUGCUAUAUCAACAGCAUGUUCUGGACUUGAUUUUAUUGUGGUGGAGACAACAGUGGCUGCACAAGCAUGUGUAGAGCUUCUUCGAAGGAAAAAUCUUGGUGUUGCCACUUUUAUGAUAUUGGAGGAACAGGUACCACGUCAUUUACAUAAGCUUAACGAGAAAGUUAAUCCCCCAGAAGGAGUCCCACGCCUUUUUGAUCUUGUUAGUGUAGCGGAUGAAAGGAUGAGGGUGGCCUUUUUUGCUGCACUUGGGAAUACUGUCGUUGCUAAAGACCUCGAUCAAGCCACAAGGAUAGCAUAUGGUGGGAACAAAGAAUUCCGGCGUGUGGUGACACUGGAUGGAUCACUCUUUGACAAGGCAGGUACGAUGACUGGUGGUGGAAGCAAGCCACGGGGUGGUAAGAUGGGGACAUCUAUCCGAGUUAGUGUUUCAGGAGAAGCUGUUGCAAAUGCUGAGAAAGAGCUUGCUGAGCUUGUCAAUGAGAUAGGCAGUUUACGCCAAAGGAUUGGUGAUGCGAUGAGGCGUUAUCGGGCCUCGGAAAAAGCCGCAGCCCAUUCAGAAAUGGAAUUAGCCAAAAGUCAAAAGGAGAUAGACAGUUUAAAUACGCAACACGAUUAUAUUGAAAAACAGCUGGAUUCUCUUAAGGUUGCAUCACAGCCGAGGAGAGAAGAACUAGAUAGAUUGGAAGAGCUGAAUAGAAUUAUAUCUUUUGAAGAAAAGGAGCUUGAAAGGCUCACUAAAGGCUCUAAAAAACUUCAUGAAAAGGCUUCGGAGCUUCAAACUAAAAUAGAAAAUGCAGGUGGUGAAAGGCUUAAAAACCAAAAGUUAAAAGUUGAAAAGAUUCAGUCUGAUAUCAAUAAAACUAGCACUGAGAUCAACCGCCGUAAGGUUCAAAUAGUUACUGGUGAGAAAACAAUAAAGAAAUUAACGAAGGGAAUUGAAGAGUCAAAGAAAGAGAAAGAAAGGGUUGUUAGUGAGAAGGAGAAGAUGGUAGCUGCCUUCAAAGAGAUAGAACAAAAAGCAUUUAUUGUUCAAGAAAAUUAUAAGAAAACACAAGAGCUCAUUGAGAAACAUAGAGAUGUGCUGGAUGAAGCCAAGACAGAAUAUAACAAACUAAAGAAAAUGAUGGAUGAGUCGCGCACUGCAGAGGUUGAUGCUGAGUACAAGUUACAAGAUAUAAAGAAGCUCUCUAAGGAAUGGGAAGUUAAGGGAAAGGGAUACAAGAAAAGGUUUGACGAUAUAAAGGUGGAUCUUGUGAAACAAAUUGAACAAAUUCAGAAAGAUGGAAUAGAUCCUGAAAAGGUUCAAGCUACCCUGGACAGUGAGACAUUAUGUGAGGCUUGUGAUCUAAAAAGAGCACUAGAAAUGGUGGCAUUACUUGAAGCACAGCUGAAAGACAUGAAUCCAAACCUGGAUUCGAUUUCGGAAUAUCGUGAAAAGGCUUCCUCAUAUAAUCGGCGCGUGGAAGAACUGAACAUGGUGACUCAGGAGCGUGAUGAAUUAAAGAGGCAAUAUGAUGAAUUGAGAAAGAAAAGGUUAGAUGAGUUCAUGGCAGGUUUCAACACAAUAUCUCUGAAGUUGAAGGAAAUGUAUCAGAUGAUAACACUUGGAGGUGAUGCGGAGUUGGAACUAGUUGAUUCUCUAGAUCCCUUUUCCGAAGGUGUGGUUUUUAGUGUCAGGCCCCCAAAGAAGAGCUGGAAAAACAUUGCAAACUUGUCUGGUGGCGAGAAGACACUAAGUUCAUUGGCUCUUGUUUUUGCACUUCACCACUACAAGCCCACCCCCCUCUAUGUAAUGGAUGAGAUCGAUGCUGCUUUGGAUUUCAAGAAUGUCUCAAUUGUGGGCCAUUAUGUAAAGGAUCGCACGAAAGAUGCACAAUUCAUAAUUAUAAGCCUAAGAAAUAACAUGUUUGAGUUGGCGGAUCGUCUGGUCGGCAUUUACAAAACUGAUAACUGCACAAAGAGCAUUACCAUCAACCCAGGAAGUUUCGCUGUUUGUGAGAAAGCAGCAGCUUGAGCUGUUAUUUACAUGGAUUGCACCAGACCAUCUGCAAUAUCAUGCUGUUUUUCGGUUGGGAUACUAUUGUAGAGCCAAGCUCCUUGGCAUGCAAAGGAGCUUGCAAGUUCCUCUAUGUAUUAACCACAGAAGAAAUUAGUUUUUAUUUUAUAUAUAUAUGGGCAUCAAAGUAUCCUGCUUGGGUCGCCUGUCUUAAUCAAUAUUCUGAAGUUCACAAUUGGUUUGGAUGUCUGAUGUCUGUUAUGCUGUAAAUGUUUUGAAUCUUGUGCAUGAUUCAUGGAAGUCUGUGUUCCAUGAGCAAUCCAGUUUAUAAAACUGUCUGUGUUCCAUCAGCAA